ACCGGUUCGUUCCUCGGCCAAGAAAACCUUCUGUUCUCUUACUCCGCUUCCAAAAUCACCUCCUCCCUCUUGUAGUGCAAAGGCCGGUACUUCUCGGGUUGCCUGGAGAGCUUACGGGCAGAGUCCAACCACAGAGGGCCCCUCCGCAGCCGGUCUCUUCAUAGGGAUGAAGACGGAUGCUCAUAAUCGCGCUCUGAUUAUUUCCCAAACUUGGCUAGUGAUGGAGGUCAGGCAGGGAGAACGCCUGGCUCUGCCUCCUGAGCUCACUGGAGCCACAGAGCCAGAGCACCAGGGCACCGGGAAUUAUGGGCCUGCUAAUGAAAUGCUUCAAGCGUUUAAUCAAGUGGCACUUCAGCUGAGAAGAAAGCAGGCUUGAAAAUCAUCUUGAAUUCCGUUCUUAAGGUUUGGGCCAGCUGCAGAACCCAAAUAAUAACAGGCCUGAAGAAUUUGCUCAGCCAGGCACAAGAUUCGGCAGCGCUGAGCCUUCGCUCUCUGCCCUCUCAGAGAGAAGCAAACAGCACAAGGGCUUCCUACACAUUGAGGAAGGCUGAGCUGUGCAUGUGCCACCCUGGACGACUCUUUCUUAGAAGGAGCAGGGAGGGUGUGAUGGGAGACCACCUAGGCCUGCGUCAGACGGAGCCGUUGUCCAAGCCAUCUGUGGAGAUUCUCAGUCAUCCAGGUCACGGUGGUCCCACAGGUGCUUUUUCGGGAGGCAACCGGGCGUCGUUGUUCCUGGAAGACAUUUCGCUUCUCAUCCAAGAAGCUGAGGACCCAGAUGGUUGGGGGCAAAUAUGCUGACUCGGUCUGCUAGCCAACAUCACCAUGUUCACCAAAAAGAAGAAACGUAUUGAGAUCUCGGCCCCCUCCAACUUCGAACACCGGGUCCACACGGGCUACGACCAGCAGGAGCAGAAGUUCACAGGGCUGCCCAGGCAAUGGCAGGGCAUCAUCGAGGAGUCAGCCAAGCGGCCAAAGCCACUGGUGGACCCUGUGUACAUUACGGCCGUCCAUCCCGGCUCUCAGAAGACCAUCGUGCGCGGAAACAAAGCUGCCAAGGACGGUUCCCUGGCCUGGCUGCUAGAUGAGUUUGAGAACAUGUCGGUGUCGCGCUCCAACUCGCUGCGCAGGGACAGCCCUCCUUUCCCGGCCCGGCACGACCCGUUUUACCAGGAGAACGGCCUCGGAGAGGCGUUGGGCAGGCCCCGCCACCACCAGCCCCACCACCACCACCCUCCCCACACGGAGGAGGACGGCGGGGGCAGCAAGAGCAGAGACCCCAAGGAGCGGCACCGCCACGGGCCCAAGCACGAUGUGGAACGGGGCUGGGAUGACAGGACUGCCGCGCCACACUCCCAUGGACACGAGCCUCACCACAAGCCGCACCAGCAGUCUGGCCACCCCCGGCCUCCUGAGCACCCAAAGCCCUUGCCGGAACACAGUCACCGAGCGCCUGAGCGGGACAGGAAGAGGGAGCCGCCCACCGAGCGCGUGGUCAAGAGGGAGCGGACGGAGGGGCCCGACAAGAGACCCAAGUCCACCUACACUGGCCAAGCCAGCCCACAGUCUCCCCGGGAAAAGCGGCCCCUCUCUGGGCCCAAUAUCCGGACCCCAAAUAUCCCCAUCUCGGAGGGGGUGAUGAAGACCGCACAGCAGACGGGACGGCCUUUUAACACCUACCCACGAGCAGACACCGAUCUUGGCCGUGGCACUCAGGCAGAGCAUCGGCCCGGAAAAGCCCCAGAAGCAGCCUCCAAUGGCCCCACGAGUGGAAACAGCGGCCCCUCCAGGCCCCCCCCUUCGGGCCCAGCCAGAUCCAGAAACCUGGAGCCAUCCCCUCUGGGACUCUCCCAACACGCUUCGGACCCCCACUUGACCCAUGUGCCGUCGCCCCCGGCCCCCCAGCCUCCGCAGCCUCUUCCCCAGCAGCCUCCGGCCCCCACUCCCGCAGCCCCUCAGCAGCCCUGCUCCCCCCAGCGGGAGCCCCAGCGGGUCUCCCACGAACAGUUCCGAGCUGCCUUGCAGAUGGUGGUCGACCCCGGAGACCCCCGGACCUACCUGGACAACUUCAUCAAGAUCGGCGAGGGCUCCACGGGCAUCGUCUGCAUCGCCACCGUCAAGAGCUCCGGGAAGCUGGUGGCAGUCAAGAAGAUGGACCUGCGCAAGCAGCAGAGGCGGGAGCUGCUCUUCAACGAGGUGGUGAUCAUGAGGGACUACCAACACGAGAACGUGGUGGAGAUGUACAACAGCUACCUGGUGGGCGAUGAGCUCUGGGUUGUGAUGGAGUUCCUGGAGGGGGGCGCUUUGACCGACAUCGUCACCCACACCAGGAUGAACGAAGAGCAGAUUGCCGCCGUCUGUCUCUCCGUGCUGAAGGCCCUUUCCGUGCUCCACGCUCAGGGCGUCAUCCACAGGGACAUCAAGAGCGACUCCAUCCUGCUCACCCAUGACGGACGGGUCAAACUCUCCGACUUUGGAUUCUGUGCGCAAGUGAACAAGGAGGUGCCGAGGCGCAAGUCGCUGGUGGGGACCCCGUACUGGAUGGCCCCAGAACUCAUCUCUCGGUUGCCCUACGGGCCAGAGGUGGACAUCUGGUCCCUGGGCGUGAUGGUGAUAGAGAUGGUGGACGGGGAGCCUCCCUAUUUCAAUGAGCCCCCCCUGAAGGCCAUGAAGAUGAUCCGAGACAACCUGCCCCCCAAACUGAAAAACCUGCACAAGGUCUCUCCUUCCUUGAAGGGCUUCCUGGACCGCUUGCUGGUCAGAGACCCAGCCCAAAGAGCCACGGCCAAUGAGCUCCUGAAGCACCCCUUCGUGGGCAAAGCCGGGGCCCCCUCCUGCAUCGUGCCCCUGAUGCGGCAGAAUCGGAUGAGAUGAAC